CUGCCCAACUUCACAUUCUAAAAAGUCGAGAUCAUAUGAAAGACCUCCGCAGGUACCUGAUGUUCAAAUACAUCCAGUAUCUAGUCCUACCUUCUCCAAACAUCAUCAUCAUUCUGCUGGGAUCUCUUGCCAGUCUCUAUGUCAUGCUGAUAUUGACAUUUCCUUCCAUUUCCAGAAAAUCCACUGCAGUGUUUAUUGGUAACAUAGCUCAGGCAGACAUCUUAGUUGUCUGCAGCUUGUUUUCUACUAUCUCAGCAUGCGUGAUAAGGAGCGAGCCAUUGUCAGCUUCUUUUCAAUUAGCCUUGAGGCAGAACUUCCAAAUUGCAAAUAUACAUGCUAGUUCCCUUUUACUCAGCUGUGUUACCCUUGAGGCUUUUAUGAUUACUUUUCUUCCAGUAGAGACACGCCACAUAAGGAAUGUUAGAUGUGCCAGAGUCGCUUCUAAAACCAUCUGGGCUGUUGUAAUUACCGAGUGUUUCCUUUACCAGCUCGAAUUCGUCAAAGGCCUUAACAUCUCCUAUCUUGGCAUUCAUAGGCAAAUUGAACUAUUGAUGAAUUUCUUUUAUGAGGCAACAGUGCUGCUGAAAUUACUUAUUUAUCCCAUUGGAGUUCUUCUAAGAAUCUUCAACGUUUAUCUUUUUUAUAAAAUGUAUUUCCGAGACCAUUAUAGUUAGUUUCUCAGGCCUGUGAGAUAUAGUGGCCCCAUUGUUUUGUCAAACAGUCAUAUUUAUGGGGCUAUGAAGAUAUUUUAUAGCUGUGAUUAACUUUAGUUUGUUAAUAUUAAGAAAAAAAUACUAACGUCAGCAGUGUAGUUGAACUCAUCUAAACAGUUAAAGGUUUUGAGAACAAAACACCAGACUUUCUAGUGAAAGGAAUGUUGUCUGAAGACUGCUCACUUGAGUCUCCAAGCUGCUGUCUGCACUGCACAUUUCAGCGUCAAGACUACAGCACCUGUGUUCCUGAUGUG